AUGUCCGAAGAACUUUCUCAAAGUCUUGGAGAGAAACCAACGACAUCAUCCAACAAUCAACCAUCAUCGUUGAAUGAUAGCGCCCAAAGUGCACCUGAUCUUUGUAGUAGCUGUGGAUUCACAUCACAAAAGAGAAAUUCAAUCAUCAAGGAAUUGGAAAUGCUGGAACUCCACCACAUUGGAAAAGAAUAUCCAAAUACACCAGAUGCCUAUCAUUUGUUGGAAGCUGUUGGUGAAGGUACCGAAGGUUUGGUUUGGAAAGCCAAAUGUCUUCCAUAUGAAACUUUUGUUGCAGUUAAAAUCGUUGAUCUUGAAAAAGCAACUCAAGAAUGUGUUGAAGAUGUCAUUAGAGAAGCAAAAGUAAUGAAUGGAAAUAAUCAUCCAAAUUUGGUUCAAUAUCAUACAUCAUUUUUACAUGAAUCUUCAUUAUGGAUAGUCAUGGAAUAUUUGGGAGCAGGAUCACUUGCCGAUAUUAUCAAGGACAAGUUCCCAAAUGGUCUACCUGAAGUACUUGCCGUUUCAGUUUUGAAGAGUUCUCUUAGAGGACUUCAAUAUCUUCAUAGUCAUCACAGAAUUCACAGAGACUUUAAAUCUGACAACAUCCUUAUUGGAAACAAGGGUGAAAUUGAAUUGGCUGAUUUUGGUGUCACAGCUGUUCUUGAAAAGAAUCAAUGGAAUCAUCGUAAAACUAUUGUUGGAACUCCUUGUUGGAUGGCUCCUGAAAUUAUAACAGAAAAAGGAUAUAAUGAAUUUGUUGAUAUUUGGUCAUUUGGAAUUACUGCCAUCGAAUUGAUUAGAGGUAAACCACCCAAUUGCGAGUUACCACCCAAUAAGGUUUUCAUGAACCUUUUGUUUUAUCCAUCUCCUUCUCUUCAUGAGGAGGUCGAAAAGGGAAUCGUAUCCCAAAACUACAAGGACAUGGUCGACAUGUGCCUUCAAAAGGACCCCACCAAACGUCCCUCUGCAACCAAGUUGUUGGACAAAAAGGUAUUCAAGAUUGCCAAGAAACCCGAUUAUAUAGUACACCAUCUCAUCAAUGGCCUUGCGCCAUGUGAAGAGAGAUUUAGAAAGUCACAUGGAUACAUCUCACCACCAUGUUCACCUGCCAACACUAGUCCUCCAUCAUCACGUUCCAGCUCGCCUGACCCAGCCCUCGUCUCCACACCAAAGAAUCGACGAUUGUCUCUUGAGAAACCUCAGCUCAAGAAAUCAUCGUCCGACUUUGGACUCAAAGAGUCUGAUGUUAAAAUGCCAAGAGCAUCAUCACACCCAUCUCAACUAUCCGACCUCGAAAACAAAGACAAGGUCAAGUUGCACAAUGUCGUUCCAACGGCCCACACAUCAUCCAAUACUCCUCCAACCCCAUCAGGUGGUAUUCACAAGGAGCACAGACGUUCGUCCAUCUUCUCACACUUUAGAAGACACUCUCUUGGAAAGAUAUUUUCAACCUCUCCCAAGAAUCACAAGGAUAACACUUCACCUCCACUACCAAGUAGCCCUCCAGAGGGAGAGACUAGUCCAGGAGGAUCCUCACACCACCAUUUCCAUUUCCCAUCUUUUAUGAGACACCAUGGAAACAAUAGUCCAAUCGACGCUCACCACUAA